AACACCUCCUAACACCCACCCCCUACGCCCAUUUUACCUAUGUAUACACAUGCAUGUGUGUAUAUAUUGUCCAAAAUAAGUGAUCUUUAACAUAUAUGGAACUAUUUACAUGAGUUGGGUCAUCAUUAUUUUGUUGAAAAAUUAUAUUGCAUGCAAUUCUUGUUUUUUUUUGACUUAAAUGUGUGUAAAGCAACAGUUGCAACUAGCUUCUAAUGCUUAAAGAUUGAAUACUAAUUGAGUUUCUUGGGUUUUUGACUUAAUCUUUAUAGUAUCCGACACGUAAAGGUUUGUUUUUUUCAUUUUUUUGUUUUGUUUAUUGUUAAAAAAUAUCUGUUUAGGUAGAUAACCAAACUCAGGCGGAUACUACAAAGCUGUCUGCAAUAUCAAGUUCACAAAUUUAGUAUUUUUUUCUUUGUUUUGUGUUGCUAAGGAAUUAUUAGCAGGCUACCAUCAUUCCAUAAUAGUGCUUUGUCAGCUUCUUUAUGUAAAGAUUUGUUGAAUUUGAAUUGAAAAAGGGGGAGAGAGAAAAGUUAGUAGUUGUGAUAUAGGUGAAAUUUUCUACUUAGUAAAAAUAUUCUCCUCUUUUUCUGGUUAUCAUAACUUGUAAGGAAGUGGAAAAUUGAAGAAGUUUUCAAGAAUUUAGUUAGUUAAGUGGGAAUGAGCUAAGGCAAGAAAACUUAAAUACUGUUUGAAAUGUGCUUAAAUAUAUUGUCCAAUAAGGGAUUUUGCUCCUAUCCUUAAAAGGGGUUGUUUCUCUUCAAAUUCUUGAAAUAGUUUUGGUCAUUGGUUGAUACAACUUAUGCAAAGUUUGUGAUAUUGGGGGUUCAAAGAUUCUUCAUUUACAUACUUUGAGGUAUUUAGAUUGUUUUUUGUUAAAAAUUUGUGAGGUUUUAGCUAUUGAAAGAAGAUGGUUGGUAGUAUUGAGGUGAAAAGUGGUAAUAAUGUGUACUCAAAUGGGAGAGUACAUAACCACAAUGGUCUAGAGGAGAAACUUGAUGAACUUAGGCAAAUUCUUGGUAAAUCUAAUGGUGAUUUAUUGAGAAUUGUUUGUGUUGGAGCUGGUGCUUGGGGCAGUGUUUUUGCAGCUUUGCUGCAAGAUAGUUAUGGCCAAUUGCGCGAUAAGAUUCAAAUUCGUGUAUGGAGAAGGUCAGGUAGAGCUGUUGAUAGAGCCACAGCAGAACAUUUAUUUGAAGUGAUCAAUUCAAGGGAGGAUGUGUUAAGGAGGUUGAUCAGGAGAUGUGCAUAUCUUAAGUAUGUCGAGGCGAGAUUAGGCGAUCGGACAUUAUAUGCUGAUGAAAUCUUGAGAGAUGGUUUCUGCUUAAACAUGAUUGAUACACCACUUUGUCCAUUGAAAGUUGUGACCAAUUUGCAAGAAGCUGUGUGGGAUGCUGAUCUUGUGAUAAAUGGAUUGCCAUCGACUGAAACACGAGAAGUGUUUAGGGAGAUCAGCAAGUAUUGGAAGGAAAGAUUAACUGUACCAAUCAUCAUUUCUUUGGCAAAGGGUAUUGAGGCUGAAUUAGAUCCAGUUCCACAUAUUAUUACUCCAACACAGAUGAUCAAUCGGGCAACUGGAACACCAGUAGAAAACAUCCUUUAUCUCGGUGGACCAAAUAUUGCUUCGGAGAUUUACAACAAAGAGUAUGCUAAUGCUAGGAUUUGUGGAUCAGAAAAAUGGAGAAAACCACUUGCAAAGUUCUUAAGGCAACCUCAUUUUAUUGUUUGGGACAACAGCGACCUUGUAACACAUGAAGUCAUGGGAGGCUUGAAGAAUGUCUACGCCAUUGGAGCCGGGAUGGUAGCUGCACUAACAAAUGAGAGUGCCACCAGCAAAUCAGUAUAUUUUGCACACUGUACAUCAGAGAUGAUAUUCAUCACGUAUUUGUUGACUGAAGAACCAGAAAGGCUAGCAGGGCCUUUGCUAGCUGAUACAUAUGUAACAUUGUUGAAAGGUCGUAAUGCAUGGUAUGGUCAAAUGAUAGCUAAGGGAGAACUGAGUCUCGAUAUGGGUGAUAGCAUCAGUGGAAAAGGAACAAUCCAGGGAGUUUCUGCAGUCGAAGCAUUCUAUGAACUUCUAAGUCAGUCAAGUUUGAAUGUGUUACACCCGGAAGCGAAUAAGCCGGUCGCCCCAGUUGAGCUGUGCCCCAUCUUGAAGACUUUGUACAAGAUACUCAUUAAAAGGGAACAAGGGCCACUGGCUAUUCUUCAGGCACUGAGGGAUGAAAACUUGAAUGAUCCGCGCGAUCGGAUUGAGAUUGCGCAAAGCCAUGCAUUUUACAGGCCUUCACUUCUUGGGCAACCUUGAUCGACAGUUUAUUUAGAACAAUUAAUGAAUAAGUAUAUAGACUGAUUCAAACUGGAUGGGAUUGUUUUAUGUGGUGAAGAAAACAUAUACUUGAUACUCAAAUUUGUAUUGAUGAACAUGCCAAAACAUGGUCCUAUUUUCUUGAUAUUCAUUUGAACUUGAAGCA